AUGCGCAAGAUGGCCGACCUCCGAUUUAACCCUAAAAACAGGAGUCGCCGCCAAAUGAUUGACCGGACCUACCCAUGCCGGAUCUCUCGCUUUCUGGAUGCCUAUGGAAUCCCUAACGUGCUCUGGGGAGAGCUUGUGAUGAAUAUAUUUCUUAUUCCCCUUGAGGCAAACGGCAUCUACUUCGUCAUCCCUGAUAAACAUAUCGAUAAAGCACGCGACCUCCUGCUAGAAGCCGGCUUCCCCCCGUGCCAGCUGGGGAAGUAUUGCGGCUUCGACCACCCCAAUUCUUGCCAUGGAAUCCCCUACGCGCACUUUAAUAUUGUGGACCUCAGCCCCUUGGACUGCUACAAACCCGAGCAAUACAGCCUAAAUCCCCGCGAAUGGUACACACUGGAACUCUACAAGAAGUCCAAGCUGCUGUGGGGAGCGCCCGAGAUCCCGCUGGGAAUACCACCCGUGAAUGACCCCGAUUAUUGGACAGUCAAGGAUAAGCGUCUUCCAAAAGUCGCCAUUGAAUUCCAGCGAGGCCGCGUUGUCGACGCGGAUUAUCUGGUCAAGAUCCCCUCGCUAGCGCGCUACGCUGAGUUGCUGACCCUCCUGUUCUUCCGGGACAAUCACCUGGAAGAGACUAUCAGAGGGCUCCAGUGGGAUACCCUGCUGGAUGACAUGGAGGUAGUGAUGGAUGAGCACCGCCUCUUCAAACUGGAGGACCUUCCGCCUCGUACUCGAAGCUGGUUUAAAAUUCUGACCGAAACCCCACGGGAAAGAACGCAUGGGGAUGCCGAGGAGAGGUUUGGGGCGGAGAUGAGGGAGGCAGGCGAGGUGCCCGAAAAGAGUCCCUGGCCGUUGGAAGCUAUUAUGCCAGCUGGAUGGCGUGAAGAACUUAAAGAGUAUGACGAGAUGAUGAAGAAGAAGAAGGAGGAGGAGGAGGAAGAGCAGAUGAGGAAGAAAGAAGAAGAGGUGAAAGAGGAGCAGAAUGCGUGA